AUGCGCUUCAGGGCACCAAAGACGGACGAAGAGAGAGCUGCUCGCGAAAAGCAGAACGCGGAGCAGGCGGCCUUGCCAUACAAAUGGUUCCAGCAGCUUGAGACUUUGCAAGUCGAAUUCGAUGUCCCUCUCAAUUAUAAGGCCAAGGAUUUGGUCAUUGAUUUCAAACGUACAUCCUUCAAGGCUGGCAUAAAGGGCCAGACACUCCUCAUCGAUGGCGACUUCCCUCAUCCUAUUCGUGUUGAUGAGUCAACAUGGGGCAUGACUACCAACGCCGCGAAAGACGCCAAGACUGUUACAAUCCACCUCGACAAGACGAACAAGAUGGAGUGGUGGGCCAAUAUUGUGACCAACCAGCCCUCCGUUGACCUCACGAUGAUUGAACCUGAAGAAACAUCCCUCAGCGACAUGACCGAGGGCUCAACCCGUGCAAUGGCCGAAAAGAUGAUGUGGGAGAGCACAUUGACGCCUGAGCAAAAGCAGAAGAACAAGCAAGAGGAGAACAUGAAGCGUCUUGCAGAGCUGCAAAAGCAGACUGGCUUGGACUUUUCCCAGGCCGAGAUCAACCACGGCUAA